GUGGGCUGCUUAACACGAUUACUGCUGCUAUUGUUAUAGUACAGCGCUUGCUGACUGAAACGGGUGGGUGGAUCCAUUACACUCCGCGCGGAGACAAGAAUUGAUCCGGCAGAGACCCGCAGCAUCUCGCUCUCUGGUUAUAAACUUAGACGUGAAACCGAUUCCCUGGCAUUCGCCGGGCAUCGAGUCGUGCUCAGGACGUGGAGAUAACCGCUCCCAGUUUCUCCGUUCGUUUGAUCCGAGAAUGAUGCGCUGUUUCGGCGACUUUCAGCAGAGUACCUAUCCUUCUCUCUCCGUUUGCUUGCACUUCAGAUGGUGCGUGCAAAACUAAGCGUGACCAGGAAGGUUUUUAUGGACAAUUUGCUGAUCUGUUUUAUACGACACCAGAGAUUCCGAAGUCCUUUUGUAGUGGUUGCCUGGAGGCAUCGACAGCCUCUUGCGCCUCAGAGACUUUUCGGGAUAUAUAAGGCAACGACACACCAGAGGGAUGCGCAAUUUUGCUGGUACUUAGGCGGGUAGACUUUACCACCUAAAUUUCUGUAUUGUCACUACACUUGGUCCUAUCUACCUGUGAAUUAUACAGCUCUAGACAGAUCGAGAGGCAUCAUUAUUAAGCUUAACAUUUUUUUCCAGUUCUUCAUGCUGUACGGUAGUGAACAGUUAGGCGCUCUCCUGUCCAUGGUAUGAAACCGACACAUCCCUCUCGGGUGCCGAUGAUCUUUAUCUAGAGGGACUUCACCGCGGAGACUCGACACUGAUUAGUCUCAUCGGCAAGGUUAUUGUCUCUGGACAGGUAAGCCGGCGAAGCGCGGCCGGGACGCAGCAUGUGCUGGAUGGAGUGUCGGGUGGGGGACGUCCUGCGGGGUCGGCGGAGAGUCCGUGUGUCGGCCAUGAGUCUGCCCUGCUCCUUCUGGUUCCUCCUGCUGUUCGGCGCCGGGGGCCUGGUGCUGUUCGUCCACCUGCAGGACCUCUCUGAGAUGGUCCAACAACAGGGACCAGAGGCGAAGUUUAGUGGCACGACUCGGCAGACGAGAGAGGAGCUGAGGAGUCCAAUCCCACCCAUGCAGUUCCCCGCGUUCGAGCCCAUUUCCCCGGGGUCACCUGAACACGACCCAGACUCCUCUCAGGUGACCAAACGCCACAGGAAGCUCCUGAAGACCAGCCCUGUGAUCCGACACCAACGCAACUCCUUCCCAUCCUCCUCCUCAUCUUCAUCAUCGUUAUCAUCAUCAACAUCGUCAUCCUCCUCCUCCCCUCUGCCUUCCUCCAGGCAGGGCAGCUGGGAUAGACUCUCACACAUGCAGGAAGCACGCAGACGCCUGAUGAAGGAGGUGUGCACUAAAUACAGGAGCAAGAUUUCGCGGACCGUCACACCACAGAGUGUGUCGCGGAUCUACGUGGAGGACAAGUACAAAAUCCUGUACUGCGAGGUGCCCAAGGCGGGCUGCUCCAACUGGAAACGGGUCCUGAUGGUCCUGGCGGGCCUCGCCUACUCGGCUCAGGAGAUCCGGCACGAUGAUGUCCACUACGGAAACCACAUCAAGCGGCUGGACAGCUUCGACCAGAAGGGGAUCACCCAUCGGCUAGAGACCUACACCAAAGUUAUGUUCGUCCGCGAGCCACUAGAGCGUCUGGUCUCUGCCUUCAGGGACAAGUUUGAGAGCCCCAACACCUACUACCACCCAGUGUUCGGCAAGCCUAUCAUCGCCAAGUACCGCGCCAACGCCACCCAGGAGGCACUGAAGACCGGCAGCGGCGUCACCUUCCAGGAGUUCAUGCAGUACCUGCUUGAUGUGCACCGGCCCGUGGGCAUGGACAUUCACUGGGAGCCCGCCCACAACCUGUGCAGCCCCUGCCUGCUGGACUACGACUUCAUCGGGAAGUUCGAGACCAUGGAGGACGAGGCCAACCAUGUCCUCAAACGGACAGGGGCGCCACGCAACCUCACCUUCCCCAGCUUCAAGGACAGGAACCCCGGGGCAGAGAGAACUUCCUCCGGAAUCAUGCAGCGCUACUUUGCACAGCUCAAUGCCUCAGAUAUGCAACGAGCCUAUGACUUCUACUACAUGGACUACCUAAUGUUCAACUACUCUAAGCCCUUCAAAGACUUAUACUAAAAUACAUUGCUUCAAGCCUUUCCCUGACAGAUCUACAUAUCUUCUCCUAAUUGUCUUUUGUCAGACAUUAUGUCAUUUUAAGCUGCAAAGAGUAGUGUUAAGCAACACUGCCAAUUCAAACUACGCAAACUACAUGUACCAGUGUAAGACUAACUUGCAAUGACUAACCGAUUGCUGUCUUUGCUCUCUGAUGAGAAGUUGAGACAGCUGCUUAAAUCUCACCAGGUUCUGAACCAUGAUCUCUCCUCCCUGUCAGUCUUCUCUUCGGUUCCCACUUAGGGUAGAACCUCAUCGCAUUUAGAUGCACACAGCCAGAAUGAAGCGUCCCAGCGGACGCCCCUGCUACUCCAAAGACACUGAAGGGUACAUACGGACCCCCGUAGGCAGCUGGCUCUGGUGGCCUGGGCUCGGUCCAGAACAGUACUGGAGCUGGCUGCCCUGUGGGGAGCUGUAGGAGUAAAGCAUAUCCCUGGUCCCACCGUACCCCCACCCCCCACCCCCCUGUAGGUAGUUCACCACUGUACCCUUUAGCAAAUACACACAAAAAAGCACUGUCAUAAAGCCUUUACUGACAACUAUUUUAGAGAAAAAGGGCAUUCAAAAAAAAAAUAUAUAUUCUAUUUUUAUAUGUAUUUGUAUGAUGGGUUGAUGGGAAUGAUGGGUUUGAGCUUAAUCAAAGCGUUGUGUGGGUGUGUGUAUGUGUGUGUAUGUGUGUGUGUAUUUCUUGUUUUCCCCACUGACCGAUGUUUCAGUAACUCAAAGCUUCACUCCAAGUGUCCUGUGACUGCUCAUUCAGUUGUCUUUCUCUUGAUUCACAGUUACGGUAAAGCGAUCUUAGAUUCCUGGACAUGCUCGUUUCUGACAGAACAUCAGCGCCACCCAGUCAAGUCAAUUAAAUUAAAUUCAUAUCGUCGAUCGGGUGGGGAGACUACAGCGGCAUCCCACAGCGAAGACUAGGAGGGGAAGAAAGAAACAGCCCAGUUUAAUUCGUAUUGGGAAUUUUAUUUCUUUAGUUUUGAUGAGUUAUGUUUAGUUAUAAUUGGCUGGCUUGGUGCAUGGGGAAUUUUAGUUACACAAGCAUAGUAAGGGUGGUGGGAUACAAUAGCAGUGACCAACUGGUUGGUGACAGCCGCAACACGCGCCACAUGCUGUACCCGGGAUCCGUAAAGGCCCUCUUUCACAGUACAGCAUGCGCUGUCUGUAGCCCACUCCUGCUAAACAAGAAGAACAGCAAGAAGAAGUGAAGAAUGUUGCAACAGGUGACGGGUUUUUGACGCAAUUAUCAAUGACUAUGGGGUGCACUAAAGAGGAAUGUCUUUAGUCUCGAUUUGAAUAUGGAAAGGGUGAGGAGGGGGGCUCGAUAGCUG